UAAGUUGUUCAUUCAAGCAAGAUGUGACAUCCUAUACAUUCAAUGUUAAGUUUAACAGUAUAUUGUUUGGGACCAAAAGUUAUAGAUUUUUGGCCGAUCGUGAAAGAAGAUGGGAUGUGCCUGAAAUUGAAGAGGCUAUAACGGACGAUGAACAGUAGGUUUAUAGAAUAUGUAACUUAAUAUUAUGCAUACAUUUUUUAUUCAAUAUAUUUCAUGCAUUGUGCAUGAAAUAUAAAUGAAAUGUUAAAUUCUGUUCAUAGCGACAGAGAUAUUCAUUUUACAAUGCCGUUUAUUUCAUUUUAAAUUCUGAGCAUAGCAAUUGAUGGAUUUGUUUUACUAAUAUCAAUACUUUUACUAAUAUCUUGGGACAGCUAUUUUUUACUUCAAAAAAAUAAAAAAAACCUUCUGUAUCCUACCUUGCCAAUUUAUUUAUAGGAAUCUUUUACCUAAUCGUAAAAGUGAAAUAUAAUUAAAUUAAUGUUAUUUAUUCGUAAACGGGAAAUGUCAUUUAUAUAUUUAGUUUUAAAUGCCCUAUUUCAGUUAAAAAAAAUCGUGCUCUAUAACUCUUAAAUAAGCGAUUUUCAUAACGCCCUACAGUUAUAAUGGAAGGUAACUCAUUUUUUUAAAAAAUUAGGACUCUAACCACUGAUGAACUCCAAAUAAUAUUUUUUUUAUUAUCUGAAUAUAAGUGGAUUAAGAACUAAAUGUCUUAUAACUUUAAAUUAAUAUAGACUGUUAAUGAAAGUAUAAUGACUAAUAGCAAUAUUGUUAAUGUUAUCAUUAUGUGUUCUUAGCUAUACUACAAUACCAAUAUCAUCAUUGGGGGAGAGUGUAAUCUCAAUAACUACCGAAGAAGAAUUUGUAAAACUUGCAUCUGAUACACACUCUUUUCCUUACCACGUAAGUUCAUUUCCUCAUCAGUAUGAGAAUAAUAAUAAUGUGAAUGAGUUACACAUACAUUUUUUGACAGGUGGUAAUAGCGGUGUCAAUUGAUGAACAAGACAAAUGGUGCCAAGGUGUAUUAAUCAAAUCAAACUGGAUAUUAACUUCUAGGACUUGCAUCAAAAAGUAAAUAUUUUAUUUAAAAUAAUAUUACUAUAAUGCAGAUUAUUGUAUUUUAUUCUGUACGAUAAUAUUUACAUGUCGAUGAUAUUUAGAUAAUAUUGCUUUAUAAAAAAUUUAUAUUAUUGUCUUCAUACUUGCGGUCAGUAAAAAUGCCACAAUUUUUUACGGAGUAUACAUGAGAACAUACAUUAAAAGAUGCAGAAAUUCUGUCUGAGAAUAUCAUAUACGAAAUGUUGUUUAAUUCAUCUCAUUAAUCCUGAAUCGACCAAUUUCCUAUAAUCGGGAUUGUGAAAAGUUAUCGGUAUUCUUAAAACAAUAAAUAUAGUAGGUGUUUACUAAAGAUAAUAAUACAAUUUUUAUAUUUUACCUUCUGGCGUUUUUACAAGAAUAUGUAGACUACUGUAAGUGAGCGAAGUAAAAAAUACAUAAUGAGUAUGCUAUCCUUAAGAAUCAUAUCUUUGACAAAUAAUUUACAUUAAAGGGAUUAACGGUAUUAAUAUUUUCAUAUUAAUUUAAAUUGGCUUUCAUAUUAAUUUUUGUACUUAUCUAAAUGCAUUUUAAUUUUGUCUUAGGCACUUUGAUAUUAGAUCCAAUUCACCCAUGCAUGUAUUUUUGGAUGCAAUUAAUCAUACGAAAUCCGAAGGAAUAUUAUAUUCUAAUAUGGUAUUUAGUGACCGUAUAAACGUUGGUGUGAUUUUGUGGGAACAAGGUCCAGAAGGUGUUGAUGAUUUACUGUUAUUUAAA